AUGCUCAGCCGUCUACCCAGGGCCUCGCGCGCCAGCUCCAUCAUCGCCACCGUCGCUCGGUCGGCCAGAGCACACACCCAGGUCCGGAGCUUCAUCGCUCCCACCGUCUCUCGGAGAGCCGACUUCGUCCAGGAGCUCUACCUGAAAGAGCUCAAGGCCUACAAAGUCCCCCCCGUCAAAGAAUCCGAUGCCGAGGGCCAGGUCCAGACCUUCUCCAUGCCCAAGACGCCCGCCUCCCCCGAGGAGACCGACCUCGCCGGUAACCUCAAGGAGUACGAGAGCAUGGCCGUCGAGAUUGAGGGCCAGGAGGCUUCCCACGGCGCCCACGGCGCCGCCUCGCUGCCCGACUGGCUCGAGGCCGAAGAGGACGAGCCCAAGGCCCAUUAA